AUACUAGAUUCGAUUUCAAGAACGAUAUCAGUUCAUUAACGCACUCAGUCAAUACAGACCUUCAAACAACAAACAAAACACUUAAAAAAUGUUCAAGUUGGUGGUAUUGUCUGCUCUCCUGGCCGUAGCUGCUGCUCGCCCCAGUCUCAUCGAAUCCCACUCAGCGCUGCAGUUGGCACCUGCCGCCACCAUUGCCGUGCAAGAGCCUGUGCUCACCAGAGUGGGCUCGGUGGUGAAGAGCAUCCCCACUGCUGUCUCCCACCAGAGCUCGACCAUUGUGCACAGCUCUGCGCAUGUGGUUGAGGAUAUUGUAGCACCUGCUUUGAGGACUAGCGUUGUGGCCGCUCCAGCGUUGGUACAGUCUGUUGCCGCUGCUCCAGUGCUGCACUCAGCAGCCGUACAAACUGUUUCUGCAGCUCCAUUGUUGCAACACGCUCCAAUUGCUCACUUAUCGGCACCUCUGACUAAUUUGCAUGCUGCAUCUCCCCUCGCACAUGGCUUGUGGUAAACGAAUUGAGAUAUGGACGAUUUAGUUGGACUGCCUGCUUAUUAGUAAAUUUAUCAAUUUUGAUUUCUUCAAAAUUUUUAUUUCCUCAUCUUUACACAUUUAUUUCGAAGCAUUUACAUAUUAGUAAAUUGUUGAAAUUAUAGACGAAUAAACAAAAGUGCAAUAUAUUAAAAUUUAA